AUGUAUGGAAUUGUGAAGCACCCAGCAAGUGCUAAUCACAUUUUCCUACAGGCUCAUAAUGACAAAGAGGCCAUGAAAGAGGCAUCCAAAACCUUCUACACCAGCCUUUUAAAAUCAUUGAUGAAGUCAGAUACGCCACCAACGCAAAUGUCAGAAGUGCCACCUAUUGUACUCAGUGAAAUUGAAAAUGCCAUCAAGCUUAUGAAAGCAGAUAAAACUCCAUGGAAAGAUGGUAUGACAACAGAGGUGUUUAGUAGAGGAGAAGAGCUGUGGAAAAUACUCGUUCUAUGCUUCAAUCACCAUCUGAAAGAGAAUCAAAUACCGUUACCUUGGGAAGAGUUACACACAAUCUUAUUUCACAAGAAGGGUGAUAAAGAAGAUCUAAGAAACUAUAAUUCCAAGCUGUUUACAAGGGUCAUAGUCUCAAGAUUAUUGAAAUAUCUCACUGACUAG